AUGCUUAUUCAUUUUCAUGCGAGUUAUUUAUGUGGGAUUGACGCUAUUAGUUUUUCAAUGCUAAUUAUUCGAAUACUUACUCUUAGUUUUAAGAGAACUUAAGUGAAUUUAGAAAACUUUCCUUCAAAUUGUGGUGAUUGGUCGAUACCUAAUGGAUGCACGAGAAUAGUUAAAAAUCAUACAGGCUGUGUGAGGCCUAAAACGAUUCCUGGAUCUUAUCCAUUUUAUUUUAAAGAGUCAUAUGAAGAAGACGAUGGAAGUUUAAUUAAGACAAUAGAAUAUGCUGAUUUAUGUAGUUAAAUGGUUGGUUUUAAUAGAAGAGUAUAUCCAGAUGACGAUAUUGACUAUAAUUCGAGAUAUGUAUACUUGCAUCAUUAUGUGGAAACACCCUUUUUUGGCAUUAUCAAUGAUUUUUAUGUUAUGUAUGGCUAUGAAUUUAACAGGGUGUAUGUAGCAGCAUAGUCACAAUCCAGGUUUUCUGGAGAUGACAGUUUGGUUAACUAUAAUAAUGUUUAGAGCUUCUAUAAGUGUAUGACUGAUAUGACUAAUGAAAAUCCUUAUAAUUAUAGAAAGCCUUGCUCUUGA